AUGUCGGGACUGCGGAUGGAGCUCAGGGGGGAAGUAGCGUCGCAGCAUCUGACGGCGAUGGUGAAGGCGAGGAAGGCGAGUACUCAAAUAGCAGAAUUGCAGACGGCAAGCGGGGUGGCGGCAGACUCACAAGGGAUACUUCGGGCGGCUUCUGAAUUCUUCGCUGACAUCUUCGGAAAGGACCGUUGUCAGCUGGAGGAGAAGUGGAGCCCUGACAAGGAUAAAACUCUGCGGUCAUGGGAAGCAGCGGAGUUGUUAGCAGAUUGGACGGAAGAGGAGGUAAAAAGUGCGUUUCGCGCAAUGGCGGCGAACAAGUCCCCAGGCAAAGACGGGUUGCCCAAGGAGCUGUUUGAAGCCCACUGGGAUCUGCUGGGGAAAGGCUUCAUGGCUCUCGCCAAAGACUUUGCGAAAACCGCGGUGCUUUCGUCGGAGUACCUGGGGAGGGUGAUAUCGCCGGAGCAAUAUGGAUUCCUUCCGGGAAGGCGGCUGACAGAUGCAGUGGGGCUUGUCGCCGACAUCAUUGACUCCGCGCGGAACGAUAAUGAGGAUUGGUUCCUCUUGCUGGUGGAUUUUAAGAAAGCCUUCGACUCCGUCUCACACGGCUAUCUCUUCCGGACGAUGAGGGCGAUGGGUUUCCCGGACCGAUUUGUGAAAUGGAUGGAGGGCCUGCAUGCAGGAACGCAAACGAGGCUGUUAGUCAAUGGGUGGUUGGGUGAAGGAGUGGAAGUGGUCUCCGGAGUACGCCAAGGCUGCCCUCUCGCGCCUUACUUAUUUCUAUGCGCGGUUGAGCCGUUGGCGCAAAUGGUACUCAAGAAGAAGAUGGGCAUCAGCAAAGCAAAUGAGCGACUGGCGUAUAUUGGGUAUGCUGAUGACACGACUCUGGUCCUGGAAGGGAAGAAGCAGCUUCUAAAGGCGGAACAAGUGCUGGCGAAGUUUGAACUGACCUCUGGGUUGGCGACGAACUGGGAAAAGUCGGUUGUCCUACCGCUGGGGAAUAAUCUGGGCAGGACGACGGGCCGAACGCACAGCUUCAGGUGGGCGAAGCAGGAUGAAGCCGAGAAGCUGUUAGGAGUGUGGAUCACCCCUUCUGGAAGCUGCCUGCCAACAUGGGAGAGAACUUCGGAGGACAUAUUGGGGAAAGUUAAGAAAUGGGAACAGAAAUACCUGCCGACAACGGCACGCACGGCGGUUGUCAACAACUACAGAAUGCCGAAGGCGGCUUUCCAAGCGCAGGUUUACCCGCCGCCGGCAAAACAAUGGGGUACCAUUUCCAAGACCUUCGAAAAUUUCGUUUCUGGUAACAAAGCAACGGCUGACAGGGUUUUCCGUCUUUGGAGCAAAGAGCUGCUGUACACUCCGAGGAAGCUGGGUGGAGUGGGUGUGCAUGAUCCGGAGAUGAUCCUGGCAUGUCUCACGGCAAGGAGAGUGGGGCUGUUGACACUGGAGACUAAUCAACUGAAAAAACAUCUUAUGGUGCGGGCUGCGGAUCUGCCCAUGGGCAUCGAGUCAUUCUUUGCUCACGAGAAGCUGCUGAAGCACUGGGAGGGGAAAAGUGCUCGCUGGAAGGUCGCGUGCGAGAACUUCAUGAAAACGCCAUUAGGCGUUCUCCCCGAGGCGGUCACAAAAGAAGCUGUGGAAGGGGAGCGGAUUGUUUUUAAUAGGAGACUUUUGCUUAACGGAACUACGCCGGUGGGAGGUCAGCAGGAUGCGAAGCUGUUGUGGGAGAAGCGCCUAGGUGAUCUGAUCAAGAUCGGAAGUAGCGGGAUUCCUGAGCUAAAGGAUACAGCCACCAUGGAAAGAGGGCUCGGCGGGAAGGGAGCAGCCAAGCUAGCAAGGAGGGCGUUUGAUGCUGCGCCUCAGAAAUGGAAGGAGCUGUUGCUCAGCGCUCCCCCCCAGUCUUCCAACUCAAUGGUGGUCAGGAGGACUUUCCACUCCGCAGGGCGCAAGCUCACCGACUUCCCCAUUUUUGAGAGGCGGAAUUGCGCCCAUGAAGCGGCUGAAGCUGCUGUGGAAAGAGGGGCAGAAGCCUUCGGCUAA